GACUGAGUUGCAUUACAUGCAAACGUUGUGCAUCAUGUCUGAAAUAUACAGCAAAGGCCUGCAGAAGGAGGUUCCUCUGGAUCAGCACACAGUGGAAAGGAUUUUUCCAGUAUUGGAUGAUCUCCUAGACCUGCACGACCAGCUCCUCCAACGACUCUUUGCCCGAGAAAAGGAGAGCCAGCUGGAAGCGGGAGGGUCGGAGGGAAACUUCAUCAUCAACAGGAUAGGAGACAUUCUGGUCAGCCAGUUCUCGGAAUCCAAUGGGGACUGUAUGAAAAAAGUUUAUGGGAAAUUCUGCAGCCGUCACAACGAAGCCAUCAACGUCUACAAGGACCUCAUGAACAAAAACAAAAACUUUAAAAACUUUAUCAAGAAAAUGAGAAGUAGCAGCACUGUGCGGAGGCUUGAUAUCCCAGAUUGCAUCCUGCUGGUGACCCAGAGGAUUACAAAGUACCCUGUACUGAUUCAGAGAAUUCUGUUGCACACUAAAGAGCUGAUGCAGACUGAGUUGCAUUACAUGCAAACGUUGUGCAUCAUGUCUGAAAUAUACAGCAAAGGCCUGCAGAAGGAGGUUCCUCUGGAUCAGCACACAGUGGAAAGGAUUUUUCCAGUAUUGGAUGAUCUCCUAGACCUGCACGACCAGCUCCUCCAACGACUCUUUGCCCGAGAAAAGGAGAGCCAGCUGGAAGCGGGAGGGUCGGAGGGAAACUUCAUCAUCAAGAGGAUAGGAGACAUUCUGGUCAGCCAGUUCUCGGAAUCCAAUGGGGACUGUAUGAAAAAAGUUUAUGGGAAAUUCUGCAGCCGUCACAACGAGAAGUAG